UCCCCGUGUCAUUGCUGCUGCUUUAGCCCGACGGACGGAGGAACAAACACACCGUGGAGGAACUGACCUACCGGACCGGAUAUCGUGCAGACAUGUCGCAUAAGGCAGAAUUUGAGAAGAUGGCUGAGGACGUCAAGAAGGUGAAGACAAGACCUACAGACCAGGAGCUGCUGGAUCUGUAUGGGCUUUAUAAGCAGGCAAUCGUCGGAGACAUUAACAUUGAUAAACCUGGAAUGAUGGACAUGAAAGGAAAAGCCAAGUGGGAGGCAUGGAACACAAGAAAAGGAAAGUCCACGGAGGACGCCAUGGCGGCCUACAUCACAGUUGCAAAGCAAAUCAUCACCAAAUAUGGGAUGUGAGACAAAGGAUGAAGCAACUACACACAGUGGACAGAAAUAACAUAACACUGCUGUAUAAACGCACGAGGCUAAAAUAGGACUGUUACCUUCAAUUUUUUUGAGCGUUUCUUGCUGACAGAGGCACUGUUACAAAGGAUAAUGUGAAAGCUAGAAUGUAGCAAUAGCAGUUUCAUGUAAACAGCAUUUAGGUUUUUAUAAAUUAGCUGAUAUUUUUCUUAUGUGUCUGGACAGCACAAUGCAAUUUCUAAUGUUGAAAUCAGUUAUAUGCUAAUAAUGUUUGAAAAAAACAUUUUUAAACCUAAAAACCACUUUUUAAUGUUGAACUCGUUACAGUUGUGUUAUUUAUAUAUAACUCAAGAAUUUUACUCUCUUAUACUUUUAUAAUGAGACGUAACAAAUAAAGAAUCUCGAAUUAUAAUCUUUAUCCCUGUAAUAAAGGUACAAAGCACUGACAAUGAAUAGCACUGACG